CGCAAGUGAGUGGUGUGGUGAGUGGGUAAAGGCGAGUGAGGCGACGACUCGAUUGUUGCAUUCCAUUCCAGAAGACGAGGAAGAGACGUUCAUUUAUUUCGUAAACAAAGAGUGAAAAUUUGCGAAAUGACAGCCUAGAUUAUCAAGAUGGUUAUCUGGCGGGCGAUAAACUGCACGGAGAGCAUGUCGUGGUGCUGUUUCGUGCGCAAGAAAUCGGCCCGAACGCCGCUCGAGUGAUCGAUUGCAGAUUCUGUGCUCGUCCGGUCCAUGUCUACUGCCUGAGAAAAUCUAGCGAUGGCCCCAAGGGUCUCUCGGAAAUGGGAAGUGUUCCAAGGCCGCAACAAGUUUUGCUGCGACGGCCGAAUCAUGAUGGCCCCUCACACUGGUGUCUUCUACGUCACCCUUGGCCUGAUCGUCGGAACCAGCACCCUCUGUUUCGUGUUCGACUGCCCCUUUUUGGCAACGAAUUACACACCCGCUAUCCCAGCAUUUGGUGGACUCCUCUUCAUUUUUGUCGUCUCCGCGCUUCUGAGGACCAGUUUCAGCGAUCCUGGAAUUAUUCCACGGGCCACGCGUGAUGAGGCUUUAGACAUAGAGAGGAGCAUUGAAGUUCCCAACAAUGCUAAUUCUCCAACUUAUCGUCCUCCUCCUCGCACCAAAGAGAUACAAAUCAAGGGCCAGACUGUGAAAUUAAAGUAUUGCUUCACCUGCAAAAUUUUCCGCCCACCAAGAGCUUCGCAUUGUAGCGUUUGUGACAAUUGUGUUGAGCGAUUCGACCACCAUUGCCCAUGGGUCGGGAACUGUGUGGGCAAAAGAAACUAUCGCUACUUUUACCUGUUCAUCGUCUCAUUGGCAUGUCUGUGUGUCUUCAUAUUUUCUUGCUCUAUUACACAUUUAGUUUUACUGACAAGGGAUAAAAAGCAAUUUUUAGAUGCAAUCAAGGAAUCACCAGGAAGUAUUAUUUCGGCUGUCAUUUGUUUCUUUAGUGUGUGGAGUGUGCUUGGCCUGGCUGGAUUCCACACUUACCUCACGUCCACAAAUCAAACAACUAACGAAGAUAUAAAAGGCUCAUUCAGCAAAAGACGAGGCCAAGAGAGCUUUAACCCUUAUAGCCAAGGUAAUUAUUGCACCAACUGCGUGUUUGUCCUGUGUGGACCAGUUCCUCCAAGCCUGAUAGAUAGGAGAGGCGAAGUAUCACCUGAAUACUCUGCAAGUAUCGCUCACAAUGCAGAUGAUGUGAUCAUCGCCAACAGAUCAUAUGGGACUGUGAGAAUAUCGCAGCCAACGAAUGGCAUUAGCCAGUCUGCCAGCAUGGGAAGUGGUCCGAGUGAAGUAGGUGGCUCUACACACAAUUUGGUGCAGCAGAGCAUGACAUCGCCCUCGAUACAUUCCAUUAAUGGUGAUGUGACAGCCCUGUCGACAGUAGUAACCUACACUGAGCCGGGAACAGUAGCCGUGGCAACCAUCGCGCCUACUCUGAUGGCUCCUGUGAACACGCCAACGCCUGUCAGGUACGAGAUGUCUGCCGCGUACAGUGUACAUGAUAUGUCGAGUGGCACCCCAGAGACAACUGUUUUGAGUGCGAGCAGGCUGCGCCUCCUGCAGGACACUACCAUGAUUGAGUCCGCGCUGGACUUGGAUUCUUUAGAAGAGGCGUCGUCUAUAGGAAACAGCAGUCAAGCUGGCCUUAUUAGAUUAAGCGCGGUGUGAUCUUCCGUGAGAGAAGAGUUGCGGACAUGUUGUGACGUUACCACUUUUUUAAAGCACACAUUCUAACUUGGUGUUUAGCGCAUAAACUAUUAGAAUAAUUGACAGCCUCGGUUUUUGGACCAGAAGAAGAGAAUUCGCAAUAAAAGUAAUGCAAAUUAACUUACGUAUUACAUUUUAGACCACCAAUGUGUUACCUUCUUUCAAUUCAAUUCAGUGAGUGGUUUGUAUUUGUGACAAUACAAGUAAAGAGACUGACUGAGAGUUGUAUUGUCGUUUGAGCUAAACUGACACAUUCAACACAACUGAUCUUUCAUGGGAAAUAUUCAGUUCAUGUACUGAUCAAAGUAGACUACUUCCAGCAAUGAACAGGAAUUUGGAGUUUCGACGGUCCAGAAAUUGAGAGAUUAUUCAAUGUUGAAUAACAGAUACUGUUGCAACUGACUGUGAAAUGAUUGGUUUACUUCAAUCAAAUUACAAACUUUUGUUAAUUCACCUUGAAGGGAUCAUAAUAAGUCAUUUAUACUCGCUGUGCAAUGCGCUUUGUAAGUAUGCUACACGCAGUUGCAAACUUGGGAUAUAUUCCUUCUUCAAUUGGCUCAUCUAUAUUAAUUUUGCAUUUUUCCAGUUUGCCCAUGAGUAAGGGCUAGUACAAAAUGUUAACAAAGUUUAAAGAACAAAAUUUUUAUUCUGGUUUUAAGCGGGCUCUCUCAUGUAUGCUUAAAAGUAGGCUUCAAUUAUUUGUGUCCUAUUUUUAAACUAUCUAAUUUGUCCAUUACCCAGUUUUGUAAAUAUGAAUGCAUGUGUGUUCAAGAUUGUUACUUUGGAUUGAUGAAUCCUACCAGUAUUCAUACAGUUUUUCCAUCAAUUAUAGAUAUGUACACUUCUAUUGUUUACUGUUAUGUAUGUUGUAAAUGGUUAUUUGUAGCAUACCUAUUACGGACAUAAUAAAAUUAUUUGUUGGUAAUAA